UAAUUGUUCAUUCUGUUUUAAAAAUGAUGGUUAAACGAUAUAUGAUUAAUCACUAUGAAAAUUCAAGGAUAUUGUCAACGACAAGUAGAGUAUGUCACACUUGUUCAAUCGUACUAGAUGAGUGUAACCAUCUCAAUGGUGAACAGUUAUGUGAGCAAUGUCAAAUUGAUGAGAUAAAGAAGAAUAUAAAUACUAAAUGGAUAAGAUGUCAAGAAACAUAUGAAAAACUAUGUCAAUCUUUGGGUGGAUAAAGGAUAAUCCAAAAUGUGUCUGAUAUCUCGCAUAUAUUCAUAUAUUUUAGGUAUGUAUGAUCGUGUUCAAUCAACAUAUGAUCGAGUUCGACAAGUAGCCAUAGAACGUUCAGAUGAUCUUGUUAAAAUAAUUAAAUCCAAACGUGAUAGUUUAUUGAAAACAGCUGAUGAACAUGUGACAUCGACUGAAAUGAAUUUGCAUAAAUAUAAAUCAGAUCUUGGAAAUACGUGUACGUUGAUCGAUGAGCGUCUUAAAGCACUGAUGAAUGGAGAAGACUUUGUUCGUAAUUCACAAGUUGAACAUGAUAUAGAUCGUUUGAUCGAAGAGUCAAAUAAACGAUUAGAUUGGAUAUCUCAACAAAAUUCCAUUGUAAUGCCAGUUUUUGUUACAUCAGCCGAAUUCCUAAUGAAGAAACUAUAUGGUGAACUUAAAUUUAGAUCGAUUAGCCAACAAGAAGUGAUAAAAUUUGAUUGUAAAACAGAAAAUGGUAGCCAAUUUUUAUUAUCGAUUCCAAAGAAAACUCCCGUUUGGACAAUAUCUCUCAAAAUAAUUCCUUAUUUUUUAUGUUUUUACUCCAACGUAAAUCCACAAUUAUUUGUCUGCGAUAGAAACGGUGUUCUCAAUGUCUAUUCUCAUAAAUCUUUACUCACCGAUGGAACACCUCGGUUAUUAAGAACAAUUCAUCUAUUUCGAAAACAUUAUGAUGUUGUUGUUGAAUCAUUUAGCGUAUACACACGUUUGAUGAUUGUACAUACACGCUUAUAUUCACAACAAGACUUUGGUACAAUAUUUUUUUUUACUCAUGAUGGUCUUAUGGAAAUACCAGGAAUCGAAUUGUCUCGUCCACUACGACAGUUCUUAGCUGAUGAUAACACUAACCGUUUAUGGGGAAUCGAUCGAUGGGGGUGCACAAUAUUUUCACAUAAAUUACCAUCAUUUUCUUAUCAAAUAAUUCCGGCUAUAUCUCUGUGUGAAAAUUAUAUUGAAUAUAAAGAUGUAGAUAAUUUUGAUCCAUUAAAAAUAGCUACAAAUAAAAACGUUAUGGCCGUACUUGGAAAAGGUUCCCAAACUAUUAAUAUUUAUGAUAAGCAAUCAAAGCGACUCAUGACUACUGGACAAUUUGAUGCUGGAAAAUAUUGGCAAUUGUGGAAUUUACUGUUAUUUAAAGAUAAUAGGUUGUUACUAAAGUUUGAUAAUGAUAAUGCGGAAUACAUAAAAAGAUCGAUAUUUAUUGAAUUUGAUAAAACAGGUGUGGCUGUGAAUAAAAUCGAAACACAAUGUGCAAUUCAAAUGACAAUCGGACCAAAUAAUGAAAUAGUAGUGGGAUUCAGAAAUUCAGCAUCACAAAAUGACAGAGGAGCUAUUCGAUGUUAUAUCUAA